CUCACAUUCCCGGGCUGGGCAGUGAUUUUUUUUCUUUGUGUUGAAGCGGGUCUGGAGCGGUGGAUUGUCCACGGGAUCCGGAUCGGGAGAGGGUCCUCGCCCCCUCGGGCGGCGAGCCGCGGGGGCCGGUCGGAUCAUUCUCUGCGGAGCGGGACCGACAAGAUCCAUGCGACCUGUGGUGAGAGAUUUAUUGGAAGAAAAGCCCACAACUGGAAGCAAACCACGACUGAAGUCGAGGGAACAGCAACAAGUGAACCAACCCGAGGACUGAGAGCACCAACUGGAGAGAACCCAUCUGACUCGGAGAUACCAGUGAUUCAGUCAGGAGAAAGUUUGUUAGAUCUCCGGUGAGAGGGUUAUUGGAAGAAAUGCCCACAACUGGAAGUGAACCAGAACUGAAAACGAGGCAACAGCAACAAGUGAACCAGCCCGAGGACGGAGAUCAUCAAUUCGACAGAACCCUUCUGACUCAGAGUUUCCAUUGAAAGUCAGGAGAAAGUUUGGUCAUUGCCAGCAGGUGAGGCUUUCUUCCACCCGGACGUCAGACAAGCAAACGACAAUCAACCAAAGUCAGUCAGAGUUAGAAUGGACACAGAUCUGAACUCCGCCAUCUCCGCCUUCCUGUCAAAUUGUGACGAUCACCAACUGUUCCAGUUGACGAGAUUCUACAAGGAGCGACUGGAGCAGGCGAUUGAGGAGGGCGUGGAGGGAGUCAGCUUCAUGUUAAUGGGCGAGGAUCACUUCACCGGGCAGGAGUAUCACAGCGUGACUGAGCUCGCGGAGAAGGGAAACCGACCGGGCGCUUCCAAACUCCUCCUGGAUCUGGUGAUGGAGAAGGGCUCCGGGGCCCGGAAGGUGAUGUGGGAAUCCUUUGUGAAACUGCACCACUAUUUACCGAAGCUGAGCAGAAUAUUGAAUGAAAUACGGGAGCGAGGUGACGGCCAGUUCGCCUACAUGGACACUGAGCGGGAUUUCUCUGAAGUGCCCAAACAUCUGAAAGAUGUUCGAAGGAAACACAUGGAGACUCUGCGGGCACAAACUGAAACACUGAGAGUGAACACGAUCCUGAUGAGGGAGAAGGUGAAGGUUUUCCAGCUGGUUGAUCGAUACGCUGAGCUCACGGUCAUUUCUACUGUUCGAGACCGGCUAAUGGUGGAACAUGAGCUGCUGGCAAGAGGCAGAGACCACGAGGAGUGGAGAGAAAAAGAUCUCCGUGGUAAGCUGGAAAAAAUCCGUACUGAUCAGUUAUUCAAGAAGAGCUUUGUUCAAAAAUUGCAAAGAUAUUUCUUUGGAAACAAAACAGGGAUGUCCGCUGCAGUGGCCGGAGUCCCAGGGAUCGGGAAAACAACAAUGGUACAAAAGAUUGUUUAUGACUGGGCCACGGGGAAGAUAUACCAACAAUUCCAGUUUGUCUUCAAUUUCAAAUUCCGGGAUUUAAACACCAUUAACUGCAGAAUAAACCUGAAGGAACUGAUUCUGCAUCAUUAUCCCUACUUUGGGAAUAUCCUGGGAGAGGUCUGGAAACACACAGAGGGACUGCUGUUCAUAUUCGACGGAUUGGAUGAAUUCAAGGACAAAAUCAACUUUGUUGAUGGUCGGAGAGACACAGAAUCACAGGACACAGAUCCUGAAUUCAAGUGCAAUGUGUCUGAUAUUGUGUACAGUUUAAUCCAGGGCAAGCUGCUCCCAGGGUGUUCAGUGCUGGUGACCACCCGCCCCACUGCGUUACAUUUAUUGGAAAAGGCGGAUAUCUGUGUCUGGGCUGAAAUCCUGGGAUUUGUUGGUGAGGAACGGAAGGAAUAUUUCAUCAGGUAUUUUGAAGAUCAGACGGUGGCGGAAGCUGUUUUCAAACACGUGAAGGAGAACGAGAUCCUGUACACCAUGAGCUACAACCCCUCCUACUGCUGGAUCCUCGCUCUUGCACUGGGCCCCUUCUUCACACAAAGAGUCAGGGACCCGCAGCGAGUUCCCAAGACCAUCACCCAACUGUACUCCUACUAUAUUUACAAAGUCCUGAAAAACCACGGCCGUGAGAUUGAGAACCCCCGUGAUGUGAUACUCAAUGUUGGUCAGAUGGCCUUUAGAGGAGUGUCCGAGAGGAAGAUUGUGUUUACAGAUGGAGAUUUGAUCAAGUACAAUCUGCAGCCUUCCCAGUUCCUGUCCGGGUUCCUGAUGGAGCUUUUGGAGAGAGAGGAUUCUGCCCGGAGCGUGGUGUACACAUUCCCACACCUCACCAUCCAAGAGUUUGUAGCUGCAGUCGCACAAUUCCUGAAUCCACAUCCCGGGAAUAUCCUGAAAUUCCUUACAGAAGUCCACAGCACGACAGAUGGGCGAUUUGAUGUAUUUCUCCGUUUUGUUGCUGGUCUCUCCAACCCAAUGACAGCUCGGGGCCUGGAGGAGUUUCUGGGUCCAUUUCCCAAUGAAACAACCUGCCGGGUGAUUGACUGGGUGAAGGAGGAGGUUAAACGUCAGAGUGGAAACACAUGGA